AUGGAUGGUGUCCGUCUUGGUGCAUGGACUACCUCAUCCUCACCCUGUGUCAAGCUUUCGGGCAUUCGCAUUUCUGCGACGGAAAAGAGGCAAUUCUUCUUUUCCUCCCGUUCUUGGGAGCCGCCCGAAGAUGCAGAGGGUUCAGAAUCUUUGGACGCAAAUGAGCGAAACAGACAGAAUAAUCGAGGCAGCAUCAGGCUAGAAGUAUAUAAAAUCAAAGCCGUAUAUGCCGAUAUCACCGAUGCAGACAACGUUUACCAUAAGGGCCCAGAAGAACUUGAGACAGUUCGGUUUGAAGUCAAGAAAGAGACACAAAGUAACAAGCGAGCGGUACGCGACUUUCAAUGGGAUGAAAUCUCUGGCAAGCAUCCUAUUGCAACCUUCAUAUUCAGGCAUCGUCCCCAAGCUUGGCUUCAAUCCUAUGGUAUAAUCAGAACAGCAGGUUCAAGUUUUGAUUUAGAUCUAUCUGCCAUGUCUAUGUCGAACAACACGUCUGGCAGUAUUGUCAAUGAGAUGAAGCGACUGCAGCUGGCCGAUGAAAGUCGGAAGCAACGAAGAGAGAGGAUGGCCAUUGAACACUCAGUCUGAUGGUCUUCCAUGCGGGGAAGGUACCGGUAGGCACGAAGAUUGCAUAUGCUGCGCUUCCGGAGUUCCAGAGUCGUCCGGCAAACCAUCAACUUUGCAUCUUCGACCCAAAUUCACCGGUCCAUCUGUUAUUCAAUGGGCAAACCCCCUUGUCACUCACAACCGACCUCGGGGUUUCAUGGAUCAACAUGUUGACGUGUACUUCUCUCGACCCAUGCGGUUCAGGAGGCAUGUGCUAGAGGACGUCAUUGACCAACCUCAUCGUGAUUGAACUCGAAUCUAUGCCAAAUCUUCAAUCAUGCCAGAUCGCCCUCGUUAACACUGUGUUCCUCCUGUCCAAACGGCGACAUGUUGAGGAUGUCCAUUCAUCUGUUUUCUCUCCACCCUUCUUUGCCCUUGCUGAUUUCUUCUCGCUGCGUAUGAGUUGGAAGAACAUGAAGGAGCGGCUAUCUAUAGGUGGCACUGCGCCUAUAUUCCAUCACAGGCUGUUCGACAAACAGGCAUUCCUCUCUGCUGAUACCCAAGGAACCCAAACAGCGGGAGGCAAUCAGCUUUCUCGGCCCCGAACAAGUAACCGCCUUAUCAGGACCACCUUGCCGACCGCCGCGCAUGAGUUGUCCUCGAGUCCUAUUCUGGAUGAGCGCCUGCCUGCGUAUCUAUCACGCAAGCGUCCGUUGGGCAUUCUUGAACAGGUUACCCAAGUUCCCCCAUUUGGAUUCCCUAUGACUGGUUAUUCGUGGGUCAAAGCUUCUCUGCAAUCAUGUCAACACCAGCGAU